AUGGCUCGGCGUCGUCGACACGGGCCUUCUCUCACUUUCUCUGCUCCUCGCACAGAUCUCAGAGUCGGCAGAGGGCGCAUCUUCCCUCGAAAAUUCAAUCCCCCAAAUCAAAACGACACCCCCAAGUCACUUUUCGCUCUCGACACAACUGAGAGCGCCAUACCGCCCGUAGAUCGGUUCAUCCGCCGUAACGGCGAGAACAACCAAUUCCUGAUCUACACAGAUGGCGCAUGUCUAGACAACGGCGGCGCAAAUCCAAGAGGCGGUUGUAGCUUUGUUUUCAAGGGUUCCGGCCGAAACUCCCAAAGCCGUGGCUAUGCCAGUUUCCCUCUCGAGAAAGAAGGUCCCACGGGCAUUGAGCACCGACAUACAAGCAACCGCGCUGAACUCCGCGCUGUUAUUGCGGCUACUCGGUUUCGACACUGGGUUGGUGAGGGAUUUCGUUCUCUGGUCAUCGCUACGGAUUCCGAAUACGUGGUGAGGGGUAUCACGACAUGGGUCAAGAGAUGGGUGCGGAAUGGCUGGAUGACGCAGGCGGGAACGCCGGUCAAGAAUCAGGACCUUUGGCUGUGUUUACUUGGGGAGGUUGAACGGUGGCAUGAACAAGGAAUGCGCAUUGAGUUCUGGCGUAUUCCUCGGAAAUUGAAUAAGAAGGCGGAUCGGCAUGCUAAAGAGGCUGCUCGUAAGCCUAACUUCGAACACUUUCGGGAUAUCGCCGGCAUCCUUGUUUGA